AUGGACAUGACGACAACAGAUACUAAAGGAUGUCUAUCCCUUUUAUCGGGAAGUACGGUCGAGGGUCAAACUUAUGCACGUCAUAUGGCCAAUCAAAAUAUUCAAGAUAUUGACAUUCUUAUUCAUUGUGGUAUUGUCAAAUAUGAACAAAAUCUGAUUCAAACAGGUGUCCCAGGAUUUGUUCGAAUCAAAUUCGAUGAUGGAAUCGAACGUACGGGAAGUACUCAAUUUGCAUUUCAAAAUGAUGUGAAUGGUAUUCGAUGUCUCAAUGGAUUUCAACUGAAAAAAGAACAUUGUACAAGCGAAACACAAAUUGGUGCUCCUCUAUGCGAAGUGACUCGAACGGGUAGAACAUCACCCGAUGCAUCUUCCGCUGCUGCAGCACAAACUCUAAAAUAUGAAACAAUUGAUAUCAGCAAACAAUUUUACGAUGCACUGGCUAAUGUUGAACAACAACGUAAUCAACUGAAUUUCGAUACAAUUCGAAUGAACUAUAAACUAUUUAGUCAAGGUGUAUGUCAAUCGAUAUCUCAAUAUGCUUUACCAUUAUAUCGAACACCAUACAAUCAAUCGAUGUUUGAAGAAAAACAUAUCAAUGAACAAGCUUUUCGUGAUCUUCUCACUUUAGUAGGUCCUGCCUAUGGAUAUAGUUUACCACAAGUAAUUCUGGUUCGUAUUCAAGCUAUUCUCGAUUUCUAUGAUAGAUAUGCGCAUAUUGGUAAUCCGAAUAAUAUCACACAUGUAGCAAAUUAUUUUAAAUCAUGUGCACCAAUCGAUGCUGAUUUUGUUCCAUCACUUCAAUUGAAAUUUUGGCCAAACGAUAUUCAAUCAUUUUUCGAACGAAUAAAACGAAAUCGUCCGAAUAUUUAUCAUUUAAUUAUGAAUAAAACAUCGAUGCAUGUUAUACCGAAAUGGUCAACAAAAACACCGGCAUGUGAUAGAGAACUAGAAUUUCGUUAUUCAUUUUCUGCUAUUGAGUUAAUACUUGCUCAACAACGUUCAAUAAAAGAACGAAUUCUAAAUGGAAUUGCACGAAGUAUCUAUUUCAAAUUUUUAAAAGGACAAAAGGUGCUACCAUCAUAUUUUAUUAAAACAACAGUACUAUGGAUGUGUGAAACAAUGGAUCUUUCUCCGGAUACUGAAGAAAUAUUAGCACAAAAAUGGCUUCAAUAUGCUAUCGAUCUAUUGGAGAAACAAGAUUGUCCACAUUAUAUUAUUCCCAAUGUGAACAUACUCGGACCGUAUUCUGCUGAUUCAUUACGAACUGCUGGAGAAAAAUUAUUGGAAGUAAAUAUAAACACGAUUCAUGAGAUACAAAUGUUUUCUGCUACGAAUCAACAAGACUAUCGAAAUAAAUAUCAUGAAAAUAUUGCUAAUUUUUUGAUUCAAUUGAAACCGAACGAUAUUAUUUGUGCUCUUCGAGAUUAUCAACAACUUAAACGACAAUGGAUUAGUCCACAAUCAUCACAAAUAAUCAUUGACAAUGAUGAAAUCGAUAUGAGUGAAACAUUAACUAUACUCAAUACAUUACGUGGAUUAGAUGGAAAUUAUGAAAAUUGGAAAAAAUUUCGGAGAAUAUUUUUAACAGAUAUACUAUCUGCAGAACCAAUUUGGGGUGAAACUGUAAAUGUAGAAAGUGCUGCUGAUUUUGUAGAAGGUUUAUUCAGUAUUGGUAUUAUUCUUACAAUUAUGAAUGAAAAUAUUUCAUCUAACACUUUGCUAUCGGGGCAAGGUGCACAGUGUAAUAUGGAAGAUUUUCAAAAUUAUCAAAAUGUUAUUCAUCAAUAUUUAAACCCGACGACAUUGUAUAGUAGUAUGCAAUCGACAUAUGCAUAUUGGUAUAAUGAUUCUGUUGCAGCCUUUGAACAACGACGAGUGAUUGAUCAUCAUCCGGAUGGGCCCAAAAUGCAACAAUGGAAACCUGAAUCUGCGAUGAAACUCGGAGGUCGUUGUAUGAAAAUGGCUCCUGAUGGCUUGUCAUUAACUAUUGGUGAUCUUAAUGGAAAUAUUCGUAUAUUUGACAUGAAAACAUUCAAACAGAUAGCAUUUAUUGUAGCACACGAUGAUAAUGAAGUACUUAGUAUUGAUUAUGGUCAAUCAACUGAUAUGAAUGUGAUCUUUCUGGCGUCAAGUAGUCGUGAUCGUUUUGUUCAUAUAUUUGAUAUAUCAAAAGAUUAUCAAUUAAUUACAACGUUAGAUGAUCAUUCAGGAGCUGUAACAGCUAUUCGUUUUACAAAUUUACCCAUAACUUCCGAUCUACAACUGAUCUCCUGUGGUGCUGGUAAAUCAUUGAAUGAAAAUGGAAAACAUCAAUCUCUUCGUUCACAUCAUGUUUUUGAAAAUCAAACAUUUUAUGACUUAACAGUUGACCCGUCACAUGAAUUUAUACACACAGUUUGUCAUGAUCGAAUGAUAAGAACUUAUUAUACUAAAGAUGCUAAACGAGCUCUAGCUUGUAGAGAUACAGCCAGUGAUAGUACCAGCUAUUUAAUUAAAAUUGAUAUUCAUCCAUCAGGAAAAUGUUUAGCAACAUCAUGUUCAAAUAGAUGUGUUUAUCUUUGGGAUGCAACAACAGCCGAAUGCAUUGCAUCAUUAUUUGGUCAUGGUGAAAUUGUCACAGAUUUAAAAUUUAGUGAUGAUGGACAUCAUCUCUAUACGGUCGCAGGUGAUAGUUGUAUUUUUGUGUGGAAUAUUGGAGAAUUACUUGUUGCAUCGUCGAGUUAUCAAUCAAUGUCAGCUCCGCCAUUGAAAACAAAUGAUUAUACUGUAGUUGAAAGGGUUGUAACAAUUUCACAGACAUCGAACCUAACUGAAACACACCAACCGCAAACAAAUAGUCAGCAAAGUUUUCGAAAAAGUUCUCAACUUGGCUCAAUAUCAAAUGAAUCUGAAUUCUCUGAUUCACAAUUAAUCAAUAAAACAAUUUCUCCACACGAUAAUGAUUCAGUUUUUAUCGAAGAAGAUGCUGAUGAUGAAACUGCAGAUAAUAUAGUUAACUCAACUGUAGAAAUGAAUUCAUUUUUGAAUGAAAAUUAUAAUCAUGAAUAUUCAACAAUUAAUGCAACAGAUGCUAGUGAAACUUCCAAACAUCUAUUCCAAAGACAAGACAGUAUUUCAUCUCGUUUUUCUUCCCUAUCAAUACAAAUGACGUAA